CUUUGCUAAUCACUGCCUUCUGCAAAUGGCAUCAAGCUCAAUGUCUUCCACUGGCUCAUGGAGUGCCAAGGACAACAAAGCCUUUGAAAGGGCUCUAGCAGUUUAUGACAAGGACACUCCUGACCGUUGGUACAAUGUUGCUAAGGCUGUUGGUGGAGGGAAGACCCCAGAGGAAGUCAAGAGGCACUAUGAACUCCUCCUCAGGGAUGUUAGGCACAUUGAAUCAGGACAAGUGCCCUUCCCAAAUUACAAGCAAAGUGGAGGGUCUCAAGAGGAGAAAAGGCUCAGAAACUUGAAACUUCAGUGAGAUGGUGGCACCGAGAACAAAGAAUAUUCUGAUUUUCAGUUUGUAGCAAAAUUUCUAGAAUCAUAGUUUUACAUAAUAAGUAAUGCUAGUGACGUAGUAGAAUUGGACUUUUACUCAUAAUUAAGGAUCGUGUCGUGUCCCAUGAUUCCAUGUUGUGUUGUCGUUGAAGAAUCAAUGACUCUGUUUUAC